GACAAACAUUUUGAUCAUCCCCUCGAUCGUAUAAAUCCUCUCUUGCUGCUCUCGAUUUUCAUGGCACUUAUUCUCAACUUGCUCAGAGGGUCGACUCGAAGGGCCUGCAAUUUUGCCUUGCGAAUGCUCAAGCUGAUCAUCGAAUGUGCUAUACAACAGAAAGGUGCAGUCUCAUCUGACGAUCAAGAGAUUCUCAAGAGAUUCCCCACGGACAUUCGAAGUGUCCGGAAACUAUUCGACCUCGAUCCUGUAACCAUCGUCUGGGCAGUUUGUCCAACUUGCUCAUCCACGUACGAGCCUUCAUACCAAUCUGGCAUUCCUGUCUAUCCU